GCGCUAGUCCUGGCGUAAUGAGCUUCGGGGAGUCCGCUCUCCUUAAGCCGCAAGCACUCAUUCGUUGCCGACUCGGAUUCCCACCACCACCGCUCACUUUCGUAGCUGUACGACAGUACCCCAGGAUUCUGCUAUCCCCGCCCGCCCUACUAAGAUCAGCAGUAUUGUAACGAGUCGUAAUCGUGAGUUGCGUUACCCAUUGAGAAGGGGGGAAUGCUGCCCUACCUCAAAAGCCGUUAAGUGAUAGUGAGCGAAACGCUACGUUAGAUGGAGUGCUACGUGUGUUUGGAGAAGUUUGACAUCUACUCGGCCGAUCGCCGGCCCAAGGUUUUGCCGUGCGGCCACACCUUUUGCCUGCGGUGUCUGCAGGGGCUGCAGGCGAAGAAGUGCCCUCUCGAUAACAAGGUGUUCACGUUACAGCCAGACUCCUUACCGGACAAUUUUCUGGUGAUUCAGUCGUGCAGCAACGCGGCCGCCGCCGAGACCGCGGCGUCCCGACUGUGGUGCCGCACCUGCCAGCGCCACGCGACGGACGACUGCGUGGACGGGGCGCACUCGGUGUGCAGCCUCAAGAAGGCCCGCGUGGAGGACGCGCGGCCCCUCGUGGAGGCGCUGCAGCGCGGCGAGGCGGCCCUGGACAGCCUGGCCGGCAUGAUGGACGCCUCGACCCGCGCCGUGGAGGAGUCCAAGUGGCGCGCCACGCUCAAGCACGACAAGGCCGUCAUGGCGGCCGUCCGGAGCAGCCUGCAGGACGCGGAGAAGGCCGACACCGCCAUCUGGGAGCAGGCCAGGCAGGCCGCGGCACGGGCCGACAAACUGCGAGGCGCGUCCAACCUCGUGAAGGAUCCUUCCACCACGUGCAGUCUCUUUGUGCGAUCCGGCGCGGGGGCCCGCGUGGUGUGGCGGGGCGACGUGGAUGCAACUUUUGGCCCUGUCAAGAUGCUGCUGUGCCAUCUCGCGCUCCGUGGUGAACUCAAACAACCUGUACGGAAGGAACAGGAGCAGCAGGGGACGGUGCAGCAGGAGAUGCAGCAAACGGAACAGCAGCCGCUUCAACAGCUUCUAGAGGAGAACAUGCAGCAGAGGCAGCUACUGACUCAGCAGCUGAGACAGCUGACUCAGCAGCCGACACAGCAGCUGACACAACAGGCGACGCAGCGGCGCAUAUUGCUGAUACAGCCACCGUCACAGCAGCUGACUCAACAACCGACACAGCACCAGCCUACACAGAGGCAGCUGACACAGCAGCAACUGAAUCAGCUGGGACGGGUGCAGCAGCCGCCUGGGCAGAACCUGCCGAAUCCAACGCAGCAGCAACCGCCGCCGUCAACGCGGCAGCCCGUACUGCAGCGACCAGCGGGAAUAGUGCUCAAUCCGCGACUGCUGCAGCAACUGCGGGCAGUGCAGGAGCAACCGACGCAGCAGGAAGUUGUUCAGCCCCCGCCGACGCUGCCGAAACCGGCGAACCGUCCUGCUGUCCCGCGCUGGCUGGAGCGCGCCAACGAGGGGGAGCGCGAGCUGAGCGAGGCGGACAUGGCGGCCAGGAUGGACGUGGGCGCGAGGGUGGCGCGCGGCAGGGACUGGGUCAAGGGCUGGACCUUCGACGGCACGCCGCCCGGCCCCGGCACCGUCACCGCCAAGCACCAGGACUCGGACGUGGCCGUCCGCUGGGACAACAGCAUCACCUCCGCGGCGUCCUGCUUCAGCAUGGGCCGCUACAACAAGUUCCACCUGCGGCUGCUGGCGCCCGCACCGCUGAAACCUCACGUUGGAGCGGAGGAGGGAAAGGACUUCUUCGACGUGAAGAGCAUCAGCCCCAAGUCUGAUGAAAAGAUGUCCAAGGUGUUGUCCGGCAAAAGCCUCCAGAAGAUUCGUUUCCUGGUCGGCCUCCCCUGCCUCACGUUCAUCACCUGGAGCCUGAAAAUGCUGGAGCAGCUCUCGCCGCACCUGGAAGGCCUGCAGAUGGUGUCGCCCAUGCAGCGCCACCUGGACGUGGUGCUGGCCAUGCCGCGUCUCCAGGCGCUCACCGUCACGGACGUGACCGCGGAGGUGCUGCGGCAGGUGAGCCAGAUGGCGUCGCUGCGCCGCUUGGAGGUGCACUGCCCGCUGUACGCCCAGCUGCCGGUGCUGGCCUUCCCCGCCACGCCCGCCAAGCUGCAGUGGCUGCGCUGCGGCGUCUACCCGCUGGUGACGGCGCUCGCGCUGGUGCGAGUGCACGCCGACUCACUGGAGGAGUUGGAGCUCGUCGCCGCGUCCACUGCGCCCUACGGCUGCCCCGACCUGGCGGCCGAGCUGCGCGGCUGUGGCCUCAAACGCCUCAGGAGUCUGGUGCUGUUGCGGGAGACGGCCUACGGGGCGUUCUGCCGGCACGACAAGAAGACCUGCUCGCUGCAAAGGCAACAACUGUCCCGGAUGUUCGCCGACAGUGGCGUGAAUGUAACCGUCACGUGCAGCUUUGACUGAGCGGAAUUCUGCUCGAGAAUUGUCAUCAUGCUGCUCCCGUCGUCGUACCACAUUUUCAGAGUGUGUUUCCUCCGAUGGUCUCUAUUUUAGUUUUUGCUGUGCAUACCUGAUUUAUGACGCCCCCUUUUGUCACACCAUUUCGUCAAGGACUGAUCAAGGUCUGAGUAUAGAACCGUCUAGGAAUAAUGAUUAGCCUAGGUCGAACGACAUUUUCAGAUUUCGUUUCUUUUGAAGGUCUCGAUUUCAGUUGGCACUGCAUGUGAAGUAUGUGCCACCUGCUGUUUGACGAACCAUUUUAUCGAGUUGCAUGCAGUUGUAUUAUGCAACUGUGUUUUGUAUUUAUGCUUACUAAUGAUAACUUUAUAACUUACUGAUGUUAUCGUAAAACCUUCCUAUCGGGCGAUUUUUUCCCUGUGAAGUAAAGAUAAUACGGCAUGCUGAAUUUAUCUUUGACGAAAACUUACUGAUGAACCAGUAUUAUUUUCUAUUAUAUGUAAUUAAUUAAAUAAGAGCACGCUGAAUUUUAUUUCUAUGGACACUAACAGGAUGUAUUUUGUUUUAUUCUUUGCAGUGCACGUUGUAGUCAGCAAGGUAGUCAGCUUGCCACGUGACAUCCUGUAAUGACUUUUUUUUUUUACAUUGUUGAUUCAAUAAAUUAAAUUGCGGACACCA